GUUCUGCUGUCCAAUCCCAAGCCGUACAUCCGACACUUUGCUGGCGAGACGCUCGCCUUCAUCGUACGGCGCCUCCGCGGGGCCCGCAUCGAGGCGGCGCUCUCCAGUCUGUUCGCCCUCUUGGGCGAGAAGGACCAGGCGCCCAAAGAUCUGGCGGCGAUCGCUGAUAGUCUCAGCGUCAUUCUCUUCGAGGCCGCAAAGGGGAUACAGCGGGGAUUUCACACGCAGCUGCCGCACAUCCUCCGGCCUCUGUUCCGCGUCCACGUGCGGGGGCAGGAGGCUAGCAGUUUCUCGGCUGCUGCAAGAGCGUCCCAGCUGUGGACCAUCAAGGCCAUGUUGUUACGCAUGCGUAACCAUGCUGGAUCAGUUGAUGGUGCUGCGGACGUCCUGGAUCUGAUGUUCAAGUGCUUUCGCGACGCGGUCCGUCGGUACGCGUCCGCCCAGCAGCGCGGAGCUGAUGGGGCCGUCGUGGCGAGGACCUCGCCUGUGCCGGCAUCAGAGAAGCAGCAGCCAGACGUUACGAUGGCCCAGUGCGUCGGCGAUGGCGCCGCUGCGGCAGUGGCGGAGCUGGCAGACUGGACCGCAGAGGACGAUGAGCAGGAGGUGCUCUUCUACGUCGAUCUCAUCGUCAGUUGGGUGCACGCAAAGCCAGCGCCCAAGCUCGGAGAAGACGAGGGCUGGGUGGCCUUCGCCGAGGCUGCGGUGUUCGGCUUCCAGGGACUUCUGUCCGCGGCCAGCAAGCGGCGUGAGCACAAGCGCCUGGUGCAGAAGUGCUCCGACGGCACAAGCUUUCCUCCGACGGCGCUGCCGUUGCCGCAGGCCGUGGUACGUGCGACCAUGUUACUGUGGCGUGCAUUACCGUCAGUGUUUGCCGGGGGCCUCUGUGAUUCCCUCUUUGUCAGGACGUUGGCUGGGGAAGGUCACAUCACCCAGACCAGUUGUGUCAGUGAUGAUCACUUGAACUUGCUCGCUGAAGUGGUGCUCCCCGAUCUGAUUCCGAAGAUCUGCGGGUCGCCCCUCUUUCCCCGUUUGGUUGACAUUGGAGCCGCUGCGGUGACGUCCAGCUAUCCAGAGGUUCACGUGCACGCGGCCGCGGCCGCCCUGUGCUCGUCCCUGCUCCGGGGCGCGGGCCGGGAGUGCCUGGCGCUGCCCGCGGCAGGACUUGGCAGCCCUGGCUCUCGGGGCGCUUUCCUCGGCCGCCUGCUCACGCUGCUGGAGGACGCCCUGAGCGUGCCUGCGGGCGACGCCAGCGCAGAGCAGCGGCAGCUCUCCCACGCCGCCGCGGCGGCCGGCUGCGCGCUGUCGUUCUGCCAGGCCGGCGCCGCCUCGCCGGCGCACGCCGGCCUCGGAGCCUGUGGGCACCUCGGGCCUGCCGACGUGGCCCGGAGCUUCGCCCUGCUGGUGCCGAAGGCUACCUGCCAGAGCGCGGCCUCCUCCAGGCACGCCGCGCUUGUGCGGUCCAGGCUGAUCGGCUGCGCCAUCUCGGGCCUGGCUGCCUGCGGCGCGGGGCAGUCGCCGCCUCUGCCGCCGGGCGCCUGGCCCGCAGAGGGUGGCGGGGCUUCUGCAGCCACGGGCCCUGCGGACUGGACCCCUUGGCUGCUCAGCUUGGCGCUGGAGCCUCCCCUCCAGCCGAUGGUGCUCUACACAGCCAGUGAGGCGAUCUCCGAGAUCUCGAGCGUGGCUCCUCCCCAGGCCGCCGUGAUGGCACGCGCCAUGCUGCCCUGCUGCGCUGGGGCGGCCUCGCCAGAUCGCCGGGUUCGACAGGGUGUCGUCAGGCUUGCGCUGGUGUUCCCGCGGCCGCUGCUGUCCCGGCGCAUUCGUUCGCCAGGUAGAUCGGCGGGCACGGAGGAGGUGGAGCAGGACGAGGAGGAGGUUCCACAUGCCGAGGAGAACGACGGCGACGACACGACGAGAAAGCUCUUGCGCCUCUGCAGGGACCUCGAGGACAUGGACAUCUCUAUGUUUAGCGAGCGGUCCCGUGCAGAUGUGACCCGCAAGGUUGCCAGGGCAAUGCUCCGCCUGCCCGCGAGCAGCUGGGCGAGCAACUUCGCAGCGCAGAUUCUGGUCAGCCAGCUCUUCGUGAAGCUCUCGACGGCCUGGGGCCCCGCGCAGGAGGCGCUGCUGCUCCUGGCCUCCGAGUCGGCCGACACGGGCGGGCUCGCUGCCGCUCGGAAGGAGUCGUCGGCGCCCGCGGCGAAGAGGCGGAGGAAGAAGCGCAAGCGCGAGGCGGGCGCGGCCUCCGCGGCGGGCGGCGCAGCUGCGCCUGGGGGCGGGGACGCCGCUGCCGGCGCGGCGCCGGGGGGCGGCGGCGCCGCCAGCGGCGCCCCGUCGGCGGGCCAGGCCGCCGCGGGCGGCACGGCCCAGGGCGGCGCGGCCGCCGCGGCCGCGGGCGCGGGGCUCCCGGGAGAGCGGCCGCCGCCCCCGCCGGAGGGCGGCUCCCAGUCGUUGGAGCCUGCCGCUGGUCCGCCGCCCGGGAAGCGCCGAAGGAGGAGCGGCGGGGCGGCGGCCGCAGGCGUGGGCCCGGGCGUGGGCCUCAUUGAUGCCGAGGAGCCGGCAGACUUCGUGCAGGUGUCCUUGGACCCCUGGCUGCAGUCGAGGCCAUGCACCGCCGCCGUCGACUGGGACAAUCAGGUUGCCGCGUGGUGGUGGACGGAGGUGAUCUGGGCGGCUGCUACAAAGCUUAUCCUGGCUCACGAAGUGCCUGACGAAGAACGCGCAGGACUAGAGGAGGAUGCUGAAGGUGACAAAGGCCAGAAAAAACACCACAGCUCGGCGCAGGUGCAGAAGCCCAAGCGGAAGCAGAAUGGCUUCGCCCUCGGAGUGGAGGGCCCUCUGGACGCGGCGGAGUCCAUCCUGUGGCGAGGCGGCGCGCGGGGCUGGCAGAAGGUGCUGGACCACGUCUGGGACGAGCUUGCCGAGUGGGAGGCCCCGUCGACCAGCGGCCUGACCCUGCACAGGCUGGCGUGGCAGCUCGCCACGAAGUUGCUGGAGCAGAACUUCUGGACCGCCAAGCCGGGCACGCUGGCCCCCUGGCAGGAGACCCUGGGCAGGCAGCACACGGAGUGGCUGCUGGCCAAGCUGGCGGAGCACCUGCGCGAGCGGUACGGCCUCGGCAGGGCGGGGCGGACGGGCAGCAAGGCGAGCCUGCUGCACGCGCUGCAGGGCGUUGCCUCGAUCCCGUCCAUCGAGGGGUGCGCUCCGCCGCUGGUGCAGCAGUGCGUGCACGGCUGCCUCCACUGGCUGCUGCUGGAGCAGGACGCGGAGCUGCAGCAGCUCGCCGUCAAGGUCCUCGCGCGCUGCCGGCGGACGUUCCCGCACAUGGCCGCCUGCGAGGCGAGCCUCCUCCGCCUCUGCGCGGACAGCACCUUCCACCACGAGCUGCUGUCGCUGUCGGUGACGCGGUCGGGGGAGGAGGCCGACGCGGCGGCGGCGGACGCUGGAACCCAGGGGGAGAGUGGUGGCGCUGGCGCCAAACUCUACCAGCACCGCGUGGCCCUGCUCCCGGUGGUGAUACGCAUCCUCUUCGCGAAGGCCACCAAGCACAGCCAGGCGCUGGAGAAGCGUUCCUCGAAGAAGAGCCGCCGCGCCACCGUCUUCUCGUACCUCGCCGCCCUUACCGAGGAGGCGGGCGUGCCAGACCUGCUGCUGGUCCUGCUGGAGCAGCUGCUGAUCGUGGUGACGGGCUCCCCGCUCUCAGACCUCCCCGGCGCCUUGCCGGACGAGCAGGUGCCCGUGCUGGUCACCUCCACGGUGCGGCGGGCGGGGCUCCUCCGGCGCCUCUUCGCGGAGGGCGCGGGCGCCCAGAGGCCCACGUGGUGGAACACCACCGGGAGCUCCAUCGGCGAGCGCCUGCCCGCGCUGUCGAAGGC